AUGCUCCUCGAGAAGCUACCGGCCCACGUUCUCCGAGACGUGUUCGGUUUUUUGAGUGCCGGCGACGUCGCGCGCGCGGCCUGCGCGUGCAAGACCUUCAAGCAGGUCGCUCGAUCCGAAUCCCUGUGGCGCAAGCUCCUCUCCGAAAAGCUGGGCAGCCAGGCUUCGAUCGUCCUGCCCAAGACGCUGCCGAACGAGCGGUACCCUCACGGCGACAUGGUCGUGGAACCCGCUUGGAAGGAGAUGUUCCAGUUCUGGAUGAACCCCGGACCGAACUCCUACUCGUGGAUGGAGCACGCGAAGGGCGAAGAGCUCGAGAAUAGGGGAAAGUUCGCGGCGAGGUACCUGCAUCGCUGCACCGCCAUCGGGGACGGCAACAAGAUCCUGCUCUUCGGCGGCCAGGGCAGCGGCGCGGACUUUUUCAACGAUCUGCACCUGCUCGACCUGAGGAAGAAGUCCCUGCAGCUCGAGCAGCUCGACGCCGCCGGCGACCCGCCCUUCCCGAGGUGCUCGGGCACGCUCACCGCGGUUUCCGUGACGGGCAUCCCGGGCAGCGAGGUCGUGGCGCUCUUCGGCGGCUCGCAGGGGUUCUUCGAGGGCUUCUCCAACUCUCUCUGCAUCCUUCAGGGCGACGAGAACGUCAGCAUCAGCGACGCGGCGAGCCAGCACAAGGGUUUGACGUGGAGGGAGCCGCUGGUUGUCGCGGCUGAUCCCGAAGACGGCGUGCCCGACGCCAGGUGGGGUCACAGCGCGGUGUCCUGGAACGGAAAGCUCGUGCUCUUCGGCGGCAGCAACACCCAGCACUGCUUUAACGACACCUGGGUCCUCGACGUCGGCCUCAACCCGCGGGAGCCCGAGUCCAGAAGGCUUCUGGCGACGUGGAAGAAGCUCAAGCUCGGGAACGACGCGCGACCGCCGUCGAGGGCGGGCCAGACGGUGAGCCUGGUCGGCGACGCCCUGUACGUGUUCGGCGGGUGCCACAUCAGCGACGUGUUCAACGACCUGUGGCGUCUGGACCUCGGCGUGCGGGUUCCCACCUGGGAGAGGCUCGACGUCGCGGGGACGCCCCCCGCACCCCGGGUGGGUCACGCCGCGGUGGUGCUCGGCGAUCGCAUCGUCUUCUCCGGCGGCCGCGGCAGCCCAACCGCGGGGGCGAGCGGAACCUACGCGACCGCGGACCAGGGCCUCGCCACCAUGCAGGGCCUGACGUUCUUCGAGGGUGGCUUCGCGAUGCUGGACAUCUCGCGGGGCACGUGGAUGCCCAUUCAGCAUCCCAACCGCAACAACCACGUGUACCUGCGGGGCGAGGACGACGGCGCCGUCGACAUGGAGGACGCCGCCAUGGAGGAUGAGGUCUGGGAGCACCGCACGGGCCACGUGAUGGUGCCGGCGAAGGACGGUUUACUCGUCAUCGGGGGUUUGGCGUACAACGGGGAGUUUCAGAACGAUGUCCAGCACAUCAGGGUGUUCUGA